UAGGUUCGGUAGCGGAUCAGCGAGACUUGAGCCGCCAUGUCUGACGAGGAACUGAGCCAGGAAGAGGAAUCUGAGGAGGAAGAAGAAGAAGAGGAAGAAGAAGAGGAAGAAGAGAAGGUCGACCCGGCAGAGCUCAAGAAACAGCAGGAAGCCGCCCGCCGGGAGGAGGAAGCCAAGAGAAAGAAGGACGAAGAGGAGAAGAAGAAGCAGGCGGUGGUCGACAGGGAAAAGGCCAAGGAUGAUGAAGUCCGCAGGAGGAUUGAGGAGAGGGAGAGGAAGAAGGCCGAGGUGAGGAAGAGGUUGGAGGAGAGCAGCAAGAAGAAGAAGAAUGGUUUCCUGACGGGCGCCCGCAAGAAGAAGCUGAAAGCUUUCUUGAUGAAGAAGAUUCGCGAGGACAUGUUGGCCGAGAUCACGAGGAAGGAGGAGCAGAAGAAGAGAGCUCUAGCCGAACGCGUACCGAACAUGCCCGACGUCGACAGCAUGCAACAGAAGCCGCUCGAGGACCUGUGCAACAAGCUGCUGGCACACAUUGAGCAGGUCGAGAGUGGGCGAUUCGACCUGAUGAACAAGAUCAAGGACAACGAGAAUCACAUCAUGGACAUGCAGUACGCCGUCAACGACCUUAGAGGCAAAUUCAUCAAGCCUCCACUAAAAAAGAUCUCCAAGUACGACACCAAGUUCGCCAAGAUGAAGGCGCUGCAGAAGAAGGGAGGAGCCAACUUCCGGGAAGGACUCAAAUCGACCGGAAAGGACAAGUUCGCCCUUGCGCCAGAGGAGGACGAAGCCAAGGCCAAGCCAGACUGGGCCGCCAAGCACUAGUUGAUCAACCUCGCAGCAGCGCGGGCUCCGUACCACGACAUCAGGAGUCAUGCGCGCAGCCUCGCCCCUCUCCCACGCGCUCGUCAUCCCGUAGAGAUCAGUCAGAGAGAUCGAACCACCGCGCGCCACCGACCGACAGCUCGGUUUCCAAUCGAUUCACGCCGAUCGGAUUUCACGCUCGUCGUCGAUAAUCGAUAAUGCGUUUGCGCGCGCGCCCCGCAAUCGGAUUUAUUUCUCGAACUUGUAAGAUUUAUUCAUCGUUUUACUUUAGUUGGCGGAUCGCGUCGGCAAUGGAGUCUCUCGCGCAUGCGCAAGAUCUCGUGCGCAUGCGCAGCUCUCGCGCACGCGUCUCCGUCUAAACAUUUCUUUAUAGCGCGUUUCUUUUCCUGAGGGUUACCUUGUCUUCUCUCCCUUUACCCCUCUACUUAUUUUUAUUAUAAUUUUCGUAAACAAUAGAAGAAAAAAAGAAAAGAGAGAACCUUGUUAUCUAUCUAUCUGUUUUAUGUCUAUCUGAUUUCUAUCUUAGCCUUUCGUUUCAUUUCACGAAUACUCUUAGGUUUAGUAAUAAUUUUGCUAGUUCACUCAACAAACAACUUUUACUUUGCAUGUUAUAAUAUCUCUUCCCGAACUUAUAUUCGUUCCUUAAUGACCCGAAGUCCCUAUGCUAUAUACUUAAAACAUGAACGGACACACUGCCCUUAUUAUAUGUUACAACAUCAAUAGUUUAAUAGCGACACAGGGACUGAUCGGUGAACAAAGCCAGGGUAGCAUCAGAUACCGUUACUUAAUUAAAAUUCUACACCUACACGAAGCAAUAACUUGCUGUGUCCGAAAUAUACACAUACGCAUACACAUCGUGUAAUAUUUGUUGUUGUAUCAAUAAAUCUAUCCUGUUUUUUUAAACAAAUAUUGCAA